GAGACCGGAUAUAGUGAAUGCAGGGUCCGGGGAGACCAGAUAUAGUGAAUGCGGGGUCCGGGGAGACCAGAUAUAGUGAAUGCAGGGUCCGGGGAGACCAGAUAUAGUGAAUGCAGGGUCCGGGGAGACCGGAUAUAGUGAAUGCAGGAUCCGGGGAGAGCAAAUAUAGUGAAUGCAGGGUCCGGGGAGACCAGAUAUAGUGAAUGCAGGGUCCGGAGAGACCAGAUAUAGUGAAUGCGGGGUCCUGGGAGACCAGGAUAUAGUGAAUGCAGGGUCCGGGGAGACCAGAUAUAGUGAAUGCAGGGGUCCGGGGAGACCGGAUAUAGUGAAUGCAGGGUCCGGGGAGACCAGAUAUAGUGAAUGCGGGGUCCUGGGAGACCAGAUAUAGUGAAUGCAGGGUCCGGGGAGACCAGAUAUAGUGAAUGCAGGGUCCGGGGAGA